AUGAAGAGGUGCGAGGAGAUGGGCAAGGACAAGAUAGUGGAGGCGCAAGAGGCUAUUCAAGAGAGGAACGCCCUGCUUUUGCAGAAGACGAUGCUUGCCAGAGAGGUGGAUGAGCUGAAGGAGAAGAUGGCGUCUAAUGAGCUGGCGUUGGUGGAUGAACAAAUUCAUUGGGAGGAGACCUUGGCGAAGUUCAACCCUUCUCUUAAGAUUAACUUCGAUACGAGUGGUGUGCCUCCUUCAGUUAGUCAUGCUGCCGAUGCCACUGCAGUUUCCUCACUAGUUGAGGAGACCAUCAUUACUGCUCCAGAGCCUGUCGCCGCAUAUGUGCCGCCUACCGAGGCGUGA